AUGUGCGAGAAAAGCACCAUUCAUCUGCCAAAUAAGCGAGCCCAUUACAUGUUUUCACUUGAUUCAGCUAUCCACGAAGACAUGUUGGGAUCGAGUAAGUUGAAAAGACAUUCAAUCCUAUUAAAGGACAUACCCUUCUUCCUCCUUUCCUUUCACAAAGGCUACGAGGAGCGCCUCGUGGAAACCCUCUUGACAAGACGCAGCCUUACCACUCGUCCCUACGUCUGCCCCAGUUGCCGAGGUGCUGUGCAGUUGAACAUCACCUACAACGUUAUUCAGAUCUUGGACUUAGUAGGUUAUUGCAGUCUCUCCAAUCACGCAAACUCAUCAGCACAGUCCUGCCUCUCCCUCUACCCUCCCCUCCUCACAGAGACCGCCUCAGUCAUGGAUGGUGGUACCGUUGCCCUGGCAAUGGUACAAAGUCAGACCGAGUUUGGAGCCACAUAUCGGCCCCGACGACUCCGACAGCUUCGUUUCAACAACAGAAUCCGAAUGUCGUCUAUCUCGGCUUGA